AUGCGCGAGAGGAAAGAAAUAAACACUGCUCCCCUACGCCAGCCCAAGAAACACACGAGACUUCCGCUCCGCAACCUCACCUCCGCCAGGGAGCAUAUCGGACAACUCAGCGAUGAUACCAACAAGAGCGCUAUAUGCGCGGUCAAUUUGGAAGGGCCCAAAUAUCGUCCCGUAAGCCCAAUCGCCCUUUUAUACCAACUCGUAGCCUCCUUACACAGUGCGUUCCUACACAGUCUACCAAUCGUACGACCAAAGCCCGGCGAAAGAGUGCAGCCCAUCAGGACGCAAGCCCGCUCCGCAACCAUACUGCCGAACUUCGUUGGUCUGAAGUUUCAGGUCCACAACGGCAAGGUUUAUCACGACAUCACGGUGACGGAAGAUAUGGUGGGGCACAAGUUGGGGGAGUUCUCGCCCACACGGAAAAAGUUCGCGUACAAACAGACGAAGAACAAGUAG